CUUUCAGACACCAGAAUCCAGAAAUGCAAAUUCUUCUCCACAAACCUGGAAUUUGCUGAAAUUUUUUCUUCCACCUUUCAAGUGAAGUUGCAUUUUUACUGUUUAAGUUGUGGAGUAUAGUUGUGAGCAGUAGUUCAGAUUCCACCAGUUCACCCACAGUGUCGAUUGUGGCCUUUGUGAGGGUAGUGUUGGAUCUGUUUAUCGGGGGAGUGUCUAAAAUUGAAAUGGAUGUGCAUUUAGAGAACUUGUUCUCUAGAUUUCAACAACAGUUCGGGUCUGGUCCUGGACUUGGCCCUGGAUCUGGAACAUGCCUAAUGAAGAUAGAUGGGAUUAGCCCCCCCUUUGUUAAGUCACUAUAUAAAGCUGCUGCGUCUUUGUAUAGAACUGAUCCGUGGAGGCGUUUGCGUCCGGCGCAUCUUUUUGGUGUUAAGGUGGGAAAGGAUUGGGAUUGGUAUGGUAGGAAACAGCCCUUUCCCUGUAUACAGUUCAUUGGUGGGGAUGGUGGGGAUUUGGGAAUUUAUAUGUUCAGGUCUGAAGAUGAUGCUAAGCAAGCCACAGGCUCUAGGGAGACAAUCAAGGUUCCCAAUGUUGAGCUUCUGAGAGUGACGUACGAGAUGGAGUCUCUGAUGUUUCUGUCCAAUAAGCGAAUGAUAAAAUCAUUAGCAUUGGAGAAGUCAGGUGAAGAUCGGUUUCCGAUUUUUGAUAUUGUUCGGUGCACGCCGUCUGGUGAGCUUGAGUUCAGAAAUCCUAAGAUUGAAGAGCUUAGAUUUGCAUAUGCAGUUAUGAGGGCGAUUGCGUUGGUGCACCCCCUGCUGGAGGAAGAUGUUGGGGCAGGCCCCAAGUACUCUAGAUUGACAUGGUUUCAGCCGUUUAUUGAGACUGUUGAUGUUCAGUGGUCUGCAGAAAUGGCCAAAGGGAACGAUCUUGUUGCGGUCACAAUCUCACACCCGCCCAACCAAGGGUACGAGGAGAGAAACAGCUCAGCUAGUUCAACCUCCACAAAGUGUUCAGAAGAAGCAAUGGAUGAGGAGACUUUUUUGAUGAAGUGAAAAUAAAUUAGGCCAGCAUUCUAGGACAAUGCUCAAUGUUGACAAAGAUCCUGUUAGUACAAAGUCUUGUUGUGCUUGUCCAGUGAAAUUUCACAUGGAGAGGGAAAUAGAGCUGUUGUUCUUGCUGUCGUUAUGGCCCUCCUCCCCUUACAAGGUGAACUUUGUGUUUCAUGUAUUGAUCUACAUAAUGAUGAGCCUGCUUGUUUAUGUACUAAAAUCGUUCGAGGAUUAGACAGUGAAAGCCCAUUCUUCUUUCUGGCUACCCCGAGUACUAUAACAUCAGUUCUCUCUCCAUCUUUGCAUCAUUUGUUUCUCUUGUGACAGUUUAGGCAUCGUCUGGAAAAUUCAUCUUUCAUUUAGGAAUCAGAUGUUGGUAUUCAACAGGAAAUCAUUACUCAUAGUCUCAUAUGUAUAUUGCCGCAGAAAUCGAUAAGCUGGAGGUCCAGAUCCUGAUAGUUUGAUGACAAUAUCCAUAGUUUAAUUUGAUUAUAAAUAUUAGGGUAAAUUACAAUGGGUUCCCUAAGAUUUGCUACAACUACAAGUACUACUUGAUAUUAAUUUUUUAAACAAUAAAAAAAAUUAUU